AAAUCUAACAGUAAUAGAAUAAAAAGUAGGAAUAGGAAUAACAAAAGUAAAAAAAAAAAGAAUAAGAAUAGUAAUAUAAAUAGAUAUAAUAGUAAUAAUAAUAGUAUUAAUAAUAGAAAAUGUAGUAAAAUUAAUGUAAAAAAAAAUAAUAAUAGUUAUAGGAAUAGGAAUAGGGAUAGGGAUAGGAAUAGGAAUAGGGAUAGGAAUAGGGAUAGGAAUAUGAAUAUGAAUAUGAAUAUAAAUAUAAAUAGGAUAAGGAAUAGUAAUAGUAAUAAUAAAAAUAAAAGUAAUAGUAUAAUGAUUAGGAAUAGCAAUAGUAUUAUUAAAAUUAAUAAUAAUAAAAGUAAUAAUAAUAUAAGGAAUAAUAAUAGCAUAAACAAUAACAAUAAUAAUAGAAAUAGUAAAAACAAAUAUUACAAUUGUAAUAGUAUAAGGAAAAGGAAUAUCAAUAGUAAUUUUUAUAAAAAUAGGAAUAAUUAUAGCAAUAAUCAUACUAAAUGUAAAAGAAAAAGGAUUAAGAAUAACAAUAAAUAUAAUAAUUUUAAUAUAAUUAAAAAUAAGAAUAACAAUAAAAAUAGCUAAAAUAAUAGUAAUAGUAAUAAAAAUAGUAAUAGGAAUAGAAAUAAGAAUAGGAAUAAGAAUAUGAAUAGUAAUAGAAAUAAGAUUAGCUACAGUAAUAGUAAAAUUAAAAUUUAUAGUAUAAAGAAUAUGAUUAACAAAAUUAAUCAAAAUAAUCAUAAUAAAAAUAGUAAUAGUAAUAAGAUUAAGAAUAGUAAUAGAAGUAAAAUAAGAAUUGGAGUAGUAAUAGUAAUAGGAAUAAUAAUAAAAAUAAGAAUAAAAUAAGAGUAAGAGUAAGAAUAAGAAUAAGUAUAAGAAUAAGUAUAAGUAUAAGAAUUCGAAUAAGAAUAAGAAUAAGAAUAAGAAUAAGAAUAAGAAUAAGAAUAAGAAUAAGAAUAAGAAUAAGAAUAAGAAUAAGAAUAAGAAUAAGAAUAAGAAUAAGAAUAAGAAUAAGAAUAAGAAUAAGAAUAAGAAUAAGAAUAAGAAUAAGAAUAAGAAUAAGAAUAAGAAUAAGAAUAAGAAUAAGAAUAAGAAUAAGAAUAAGAAUAAGAAUAAGAAUAAUUAUACUAAUAAUACUAAUAAUAAUAAUAAUAAUAAUAAUAAUAAUAAUAAUAAUAAUUACAAAAAUAUUAAAAAAAAUAAAAAAAUAAAAACUAUGUUAAAAUAUAAGGUAAAAACAAAUUUGA